ACGACUGGGGACAGACCACGUUGAGCCUUUAUCAAAGGACCUCUUCUGCCGACUCAUCAGAAACACAAUGACUAACAUGAUUUCAAUAGCAAGAGCCACUGAGGACUUCAGAUACCCCAGCAAACAUGAGGUGAAUGCUAUGGCGAAGCGAUUGGUGGAGUACUACCCGAUGAUAACAGGAAGGUGUGGUGAAUGGGAGCACGUUGCUAAAAAGCUCAUGAAGAGACUCUCAAAUGUCAAAAGUCCAAGAAAGGCUAAGGGCCCUCCUUCCAAGAAGCCACGACAGGAUGGGGAUGCAGAUGCUGCAACAACUGACUACGAUGGAGAUUCCAGUGGAUCAACUAUUAUUUUAUCACCUGCUCGAGCCAGCACCCCAGUGGAACAACAGGGUAGCAGUGAUGAAGCAUCUCCUUCAACUGACUUCUACAGCAGCCAGAAAACCCAGGCAAGACACUACAAGACUCUCCAACAAUUGUACAAGACCAAGAAGCCGAACAAAGCUGCAGUGACCCAACUAAUGGACCUGGAGUUUCAGUCUAGAAGACUCUUCAUAGACUCCGAUGCUGUAAAGGAACAAGACAGACCAACAAAGAUUCUCGAAGCUUACCCAUGUUUCAGAGAAGUGGAUCAUGUUUUGGAUGAAUUGCGGAGAAUUAUUCAACCAUCCAAUUCCCGGUACAUCUCUGAGAUGAAGGAAAGAUGGGAAAACUUCUACUCAAAGGUGCAGUUCUAUGGUGUGAUGAAAAAAGUCGUGAAGCCUCCAAACACAUUGAAUGGAGUGGAGCAUGCCACAGCUGUAUUCAGAGCCCUGCCACAGCUCUUCCCAUCCAGCACUGUGCCUCCUAAGAAGUUGGGUGCCAGCAGUGAGGCUCUUUUCCAUGUCCUUACGACUUCAGAAGACCCUGAUUGUUUCCUGCGCCAGCGACCUCUGUCUUGUCCAUUUGUGCUUGUCUCUGAAGACAACUGCAUGAUCACCGUGGGAAGCACACCAGUGACGACGUUCGACCGGGAGGAUCUUUAUGAGGGACUGUUCUAUGUCAUGGCAUAUUAUUAUGCCCUCCACCUCACAUGCACUGUGAUCUACCCCCCUCUGACCCGUCUGACACCUCCCCAGUCUUUAACGCAUCCAGUUAGCCACCCUCCAGCUAGUCCGUCAGUUAACCACCCUCUUGCCACUCCGCCAGUAAGUCCCUCACCACCCAGCUACCUCCCAGAACCUGCCCCCCAGCCGUCAACUGAGCCACCUGUAAGGAAGCCUCGCCCCAGGAAGCGUGGCUUUCCCGAACGGGUCGACGCUGUCAACGCCGCCUCCGCCUCAAACCAGCCCAGGUCAGCUGACGAAUCCCCCGGCCCAGAGACUGUAGAGCCCGGGUCAGGUGACCGAUCCCCUGGCCGAGAGACUGUAGAGCCCGGGUCAGCCGACGAACCCCCUGGCCCAGAGACCGUUGAGCCCGUGUCAGCUGACAGCAUCCCCCGCCCAGAGACUGUUGAGCACGUGUCAGCUGACAGCAUCCCCCGCCCAGAGACUGUUGAGCACGUGUCAGCUGACAGCAUCCCCGGCCCAGAGACUGUUGAGCCCAUGUCAGCCAACGGAUCCACCAGUCAAGAGACUGUUCAGCCUCAGUCGGCUGACCAACCCUCCAGCCAAAAGACUGUGCCUGUGUCCACUGACAAAUCCCCUGUUCCUGAGUCUCCAUCAGCAGUGGCCAUCCCUGCUCCCGAGUCUCCGUCUGCAGUGGCCACCCCUGCUCCCGAGUCUCCAGAGGGGUCCCGCCUUCGUCGGUCCCCAGCCCGGCCUCCAGAGGGGUCCCGCCUUCGUCGGUCCCCAGCCCGGCCUCCAGAGGGGUCCCGCCUUCGUCGGUCCCCAGCCCGGCCUCCAGAGAGGCGCACGUAG